AUGUCAGAUCAACACAGCACGUAUGAGACCGUACUCGACGACAUCGCGUUCAUCGUCGAUGCACCGGGCCUCGGGGACACAGGCGACCCUCCUCCGAGCGCGAUCUUCACGCUACGAAGUGUAGCCGAGCCCAGCAUGCACAGCAGGCACCAGAACCCAGCGUCGUACAGCUGGGACCUCCUGCAGCAGCACCUCACGGCCGGGGCAGACAACGCUGACGACAUGACGUUCGUCGUCAACGGUGGGCAGAGCUUCGCCAAGGCCGAUGUCCGGAUCUGCGACCAGAUAGCGCUGGAGCAGUGGCUGUACAGCCUGCUCAAGGCCAUCGACAAGGACAUGUACGCCCCAGCCCGAGAUGGGCCAGUAAAGGCGCGUUGCGACUUUGCCACCGCCAUCGAUGCAUCUGAAAUGCGACCCGCGACGCCGCCAGCCAAUCCCGAACCUGCAGCCGAGGUUGUGGCCGUGGAGGACGAAGCAGUACAGUCUGACCCGGUCCCCCAAACGGAACCUGCCGCACCCGAACUGAUUCUGAUUGAUUCAGAUGGAGAAGAGUCAGAAGCGGUCGUCGGGGAGCGCAUGGCUGACGGUGAAAGAGGCUUGAUGGAGCUCCUGUACAGGCAGGUCACAGCAAGCAGCGCUGACGUGGAGGAAGCGAAGCGCUUCUUCCAGAUCGGGGCACGGGGCAGGUUAGACCGCAAGACCAUCCCUGGCCUUCGCACCGACCGUCCACUGCACGCUCACCAACUCCUGGGAGCAUACGUCAUGUUUCGGAAGUGGACAGAGGAUGAAAACCUCCGGGGCCAGUACCUCGCCGACAGCCCGGGCAUGGGGAAGACCGUGAGCAUGAUCACGAUGAUCGCCAUUGUGCGACUGAUGCGUCUCUCGCAGGAGCAUCUGGAACGCCACCCGGAACAGCACCGGCCAGCGCCGGGUGGCAGGUGUCCGAUGAGUCCGAAGUUUGAAAUGCAAUGUGUCUGCGAGAAGGACGGUCUCAUGUCGAAGAUAAAAGACGUCCUCCCACCCUCCGGAUUGACGGAGAUUCUCGUCAACUCAACCCUGAUCAAGCAGUGGGCCGACGUAUUUGGCGAGUACGUACACACUACCAUCAAGCAGCCCGGCCACCCCUUCGACGGUAAGCCGUUCCUGCAUGCAUUCCUCGUCCAGUCCCAGGACAGGGAGCCUCAGCCGGUUAAAGGGUACGACGGGUUAUACGGCGCCGAAAUCGAGGAGAAAAACCUGUGCCCCGACCUGGAAGUGGGAUAUGCCAAGCUGGAAGACGGCACGCAACUGGAUUGUCUGCAGUGCCCGUGGUCAUUUCAGAUGCUGAAAAACCAGUCUAAACGAGAAAUUAAUCUGGUUAAGGGAUCACAACGCGUCAUCGCAGACAUACUCAGUAGGGAAAACCAGCACACCGCUGUACAGACACCCGAGGGCAGUUGGUUCUACUUCGAAGAACCAGACGUCAACAAGGCCGCAGGCAACGGAUCCUGUGUCCUCAUCGUGUCGACCGGCCGCCUAACAGCAUCAAGUAAGAGCCUCGGUUUUCUACACGAACAUCCAGCGAAAGCGUUAUUACCUGAAGGGGAGGACGGCGUAAGCGAAGAACGCGUAGACCUUGGUUUCGUCGCCCCCGACCUAUUCGGGAUCGCACUCGUCGUGAUGGACGAAGCACAUCAGAACGUCAACAUUGAAACGACAAUCAUCGGCGCACACCUGCAGUAUUCCAUAUUCCUCAACACCCGUCCCAGUAGGACGCCGGAUGUGGAGGAGACCACACCACUCGUUCUCCUUGCCGGCGGGUCUCCGUUUCCAAGCACGAUGAAGCAGGUCACAUCCAUAUUGUCACUUCUGCUGUCACAGAGCGUUGAACUGGACAGAAUAGGAACCAGCCUCGGUGCCCUGGAGAAGUGUAUAAAGAACAAUCAAAGCACGCGGGAUGCGGGUGACGUGCUUUCCGACCAAGCGAAGGAGGAUACCCGACAGGCACUGGAAACAGCCUUUGACCUCGUAAAACGGGUCAUCAUGGCUCGGACGUACGGCUGCCGAAUCACCGACAACAUAAGAGGGACCGAUCCAAGGCCGGCUAUUCUAAAACACAUCGUACUCAACCACGUGACACCCGAGGCAUACACUGGGUUUUUGAAGUCGCAGCAGGCAAAGAUUCUCAACGAACUCAACACGAACCUCAGCUCUCGUGCCUAUCCCAUGUCGGCCGUGGAAAAGGUCGGAGGAUUCAACAUGAUGCUCAAGGCAGCCUUUGCACCCCCUAUACUGGAGGACAAGUGGCACCACGCCUUCUACAACGGUAUGAAACACAAGUUCCCCAUCACGGCAGACCUUGUCAAACUGGACAUGCCACCGUCGGACUGGGCUUUGGACGUGGCACUGUCCGGAUCCAACUCUAGGACGCGGGACGGCAACAACGUAGACAAACCGCGCAUGAUAAGUCGGCUGGCGCGGUCUGCCGAGCUGGCCAGGGACCCAUGGUACAUAGACCUGUUGGCCAUCUGCAGACAGUCGAGACUCAACAAGAUAUAUAGAGGUUCCUCCGGCAACACAGAUGGGCCGAUAUCGACCGAGACGGACGACCAUGGGUCCAGGGACGUGGCCAUAUUCUGCACCAGUCCCAUGGUGACGGUUCUUGUCUGUCUGUUCCUCCGUCACCACCUGGCAGAUAUCGCGGAGGUCGUGAUCAUGACAGCAGACGUUCCUAAUGAACCUGGAAAACGCACCGACCACAUAGCCAAGUGGCAAACGAGGCUGGAAGACUUGAAGAAGCCGCCCGGCCGGCCAGUGCGAAAGAUCAUGAUUUGCGUGUUGUCGGUGGACAUAGCUGGCACGGGCAUCGACAACCUGAAGUUCGCUUCGGUUGCUGUGCUGUUCGGGGAGCCCAACACGUUGACGAAGAACAAGCAGGCACUUGCCAGAAUUCGGCGACCGGGUCAGGAGAGGCAGGUCAUCUUCUACUCAUUCAAUCGGACAGACAACGCAGCCUACAUGGCAGUCUUGAAGAGGACAGAUCUGCAAAAGACUGCUCUCGUCAAGCUUUUCUCUUGA